AUGUCGAACUCGAUGAUUGCCAAAAACCGCAUCCAUAGCGCCUGGACACCGCUGAGUAAUGAAGAGACUAAUAAAAAAAUUUUUGAAGAGAGAACUAAGCUUGUAAAAAAAUGGUUCCUCAAAUGGAAUGACAACCAGCGAAAGAAGCUGUUUGAGGAGCUGGUGGUAGUUAGUCAGCGAAAACAGCUAGAAUAUGCCAGGGAACUCAUUGACAGUCGUAUACCAUGUAACAAAGAAGACUUCACCCGGUUUCUGCCACGAGUUAUCACACUGUACAUUUUCUCAUUCCUCGAUGCCCAAAGUUUGUGCAGAUGUGCCCAGGUCUGCUGGUACUGGAGGUACUUGACCGAGCUGGAUCAGCUGUGGAUGCCCAGAUGUUUACAUUUUGGCUGGUACUUGACCUUUACCCCCAGCCCUUAUGAGAAUGGAGUCUGGAAAAGGAACUUCGCUGAGCAGUUCAAAAUAAUGCAGGCGAUACUACCCAAGAAUCCUCCGGUUUCAAAAAUGGAGAAACUCAAAUUAGAUGGAAAAAACAGUAAUAAGUCGAAGAAAGCUACAAUUCCAGCACCAUGGAGAGGUUCUGAUCCAGUCCCGAAAGACACCUGGAGAUUCAACUAUCUAAACAAUGAUGAAGUUCUUGAACAGGUUGCCAAACUCCGACAGAAGAAAAUGUAUGCACAGUUAACAGAGGCACUAAUCAGGAAUGCUCGCAGCAAGGUCAACACAGGACCCAAUGUGCUCAGCACACUAACAAGGUCUCAGUCAUUAACUCAUGUUUUGUCUGAUAUGGCUGACGCUGGGCGACCAAAGUGGGCUCAGGAAGGCGCUCACUCCUCAUCUCAGCCUGGACAUCAGAAUCAUCUGAAUAAGAAAGAAGAGCAGCUGCAUAUAACAAGACCUGGUCCUGUUAGUUCAUUUAGGCCAGCUAGAGCAAAUAGUGCAAGAGCUUCGCACAGUCAGAAGAGCUCCUCACGUCCAGUUACUGCUCGUGACCUUCACAGUAAGUUCU